AUGGUAUUUAGCAACAUCAUAUGUCUGUACUAUCAGCUUCUGGUGCUGUCUGUUCUUGCAGUAGGCGCAGACAUGUACGAUGGUAUUCUGGUGAACUUUGGAAAGAAUGUUGGUCCAGGAAAGAUUGAUGACGAGGGCAGAGUUGAAAUUGCCCUCCCGUCCUCUAGAUCAAGACUUCACUGUUUCGCUAUGUGCGCCCGUGAUCCCCACUGUUCCAAGUGCGUCCGUUACGACAAUGAUGGAACCUUUGAAGCAGCCUUCCAGAAGGUGUUGAUCGGUUCACACCCUCAUUCCGAAGAGUAUUUUCUUAAAUGUAAAAGUGGCAGCGGGAGCGGGAGCAGUGACAAUGACACACACCUAUCGCGAAUUAAAAUGGUUCGACCAUCUUUGCCGGUCAUCAUCAACAAAUCACCACCACCCGCACAGAAUGUCCAUAAAUCUCCAAAGCUCCAAGUCAAACCCUCUACCUUAAUGAUGGAGCGGUCAGCCUCGGAGUUUUCGCCGUCAGACAGGGAGACUAUACCUAGACUCAAGGACGAAACACCCGCAGGAAACGUAAUGGUGGCUGGCUACACCGACAAAUCUGCACCACCCACACAGGACACCGACAAAUCUCCAUCACCCACACAGGACACCGACAAAUCUGCACCAACCACACAGGACACCGACAAAUCUGCAUCACCCACACAGGACACCGACAAAUCUGCACCAACCACACAGGACACCGACAAAUCUGCACCACCCACACAGGACACCGACAAAUCUGCACCACCCACACAGGACACCGACAAAUCUCCAUCACCCACACAGGACAUCGACAAAUCUCCACCACCCACACAGAACAUCAACAAAUCUGCACCAACCACACAGGACACCGACAAAUCUGCACCAACCACACAGGACACCGACAAAUGUGCACCAACCACACAGGACACUGACAAAUCUGCACCACCCACACAGGACACCGACAAAUCUGCACCACCCACACAGGACACCGACAAAUCUGCACCACCCACACAGGACACCGACAAAUCUGCACCACCCACACAGGACAUCGACAAAUCUGCAUCACCCACACAGGACAUCAACAAAUCUGCACCAACCACACAGGACACCGACAAAUCUGCAUCACCCACACAGGACACCGACAAAUCUGCACCACCCACACAGGACACCGACAAAUCUGCAUCACCCACACAGGACACCGACAAAUCUGCACCAACCACACAGGACACCGACAAAUCUGCAUCACCCACACAGAACAUCAACAAAUCAACAUCACCCACACAGGACACCGACAAAUCUGCAUCACCCACACAGGACAUCAACAAAUCUCCACCACCCACACAGGACACCGACAAAUCUGCACCAACCACACAGGACACCGACAAAUCUGCACCACCCACACAGGACACCGACAAAUCUGCACCACCCACACAGGACACCGACAAAUCUCCAUCACCCACACAGGACAUCGACAAAUCUCCACCACCCACACAGAACAUCAACAAAUCUGCACCAACCACACAGGACACCGACAAAUCUGCACCAACCACACAGGACACCGACAAAUGUGCACCAACCACACAGGACACUGACAAAUCUGCACCACCCACACAGGACACCGACAAAUCUGCACCACCCACACAGGACACCGACAAAUCUGCACCACCCACACAGGACACCGACAAAUCUGCACCACCCACACAGGACAUCGACAAAUCUGCAUCACCCACACAGGACAUCAACAAAUCUGCACCAACCACACAGGACACCGACAAAUCUGCAUCACCCACACAGGACACCGACAAAUCUGCACCACCCACACAGGACACCGACAAAUCUGCAUCACCCACACAGGACACCGACAAAUCUGCACCAACCACACAGGACACCGACAAAUCUGCAUCACCCACACAGAACAUCAACAAAUCAACAUCACCCACACAGGACACCGACAAAUCUGCAUCACCCACACAGGACAUCAACAAAUCUCCACCACCCACACAGGACACCGACAAAUCUGCAUCACCCACACAGGACAUCAACAAAUCUCCACCACCCACACAGGACACCGACAAAUCUGCACCACCCACACAUAAUGUCCAAAAAUCUCCUGUGCUCCAAGACAAAGCCUCAUCAACCUUGCAGAACGAGAAACCUGCGGGAAACCUAGGUCCUUUCAAACGUAAGGGACCGAGAAAAGAGGGGAAAAACAGAAUGACGAAGAUUUUCAGGAAGACAAAGAUCGCAAAAGCAGCGGAGGUAUUGGUCCGGAUCAUAUACAAGGUUGUGACAGAGACUGCGAAAUCGAUUGAAGGUGCCACUGACUGUUUCGUGUAUCUGAGGGUGCACGGUGACAACAACGACCUUGAAGAACUGUACCUAAAUAAUAAAGGAAUUGAAAUGCACCCAGGAUAUAUCGAUAUCUUUAAACUUCUGGUGUUCUGUGAUCUCACAGUAGGCGCAGACAUGUACGAUGGUAUUCUGGUGCAUUUUGGAAGGAAUGUUAGUCCAGGAAAGAUUGAUGACGAGGGCAGAGUUGAAAUUGCCCACCCGUCCUCAAGACUUCACUGUUUCGCUAUGUGCGCCCGUGACCCCAACUGUUCCAAGUGCGACAAUGAUGGAACGGAUGAAGCAGCUUUUAAGGUGUUAAGAGGAAGGCAACAUCAUGCGGACGAGUAUGUUCUUAAAUGUGGGUACACCGACAAAUCUGCACCACCCACACAGGACAUCAACAAAUCUCCAUCACCCACACAGAACAUCAACAAAUCUCCAUCACCCACACAGGACAUCGACAAAUCUGCAUCACCCACACGGGACACCGACAAAUCUGCAUCACCCACACAGAACAUCAACAAAUCUGCAUCACCCACACAGGACACCGACAAAUCUGCACCACCCACACAGGACACCGACAAAUCUGCAUCACCCACACAGGACACCGACAAAUCUGCACCAACCACACAGGACACCGACAAAUCUGCAUCACCCACACAGAACAUCAACAAAUCAACAUCACCCACACAGGACACCGACAAAUCUGCAUCACCCACACAGGACAUCAACAAAUCUCCACCACCCACACAGGACACCGACAAAUCUGCACCACCCACACAUAAUGUCCAAAAAUCUCCUGUGCUCCAAGACAAAGCCUCAUCAACCUUGCAGAACAAGAAACCUGCGGGAAACCUAGGUCCUUCCAAACGUAAGGGACUGAGAAAAGAGGGGAAAAACAGAAUGACGAAGAUUUUCAGGAAGACAAAGAUCGCAAAAGCAGCGGAGGUAUUGGUCAGGAUCAUAUACAAGGUUGUGACAGAGACUGGGAAAUCGAUUGACGGUGGCACUGACUGUUUCGUGUAUCUGAGGGUGCACGGUGACAACAACGACCUUGAAGAACUUUCACCAGGACCAAAGACAUAG